AUGGCAACCGCCUUGGACAAUAUGCAUGCGAAGGUGUUGGACGCUUCGACAAGCAAGCGUCAGAAAAAUCAUGAAAGACGAUCGAAGAAAAAAGACGUGGAAAUAGCCCAGUUCGACGUGGCCAAUUUUGUGCUUUACGUGGACGUGUGGUCGAUUUCACACUCCAAGCUGAGCGUUACAUGGCCCCACAGCAAUCGCCUCAAGUUUUACGCCGACGACCCAUUGGAUGUGACGGAAGAACUGCUGCGCCACAUUGCGCACAACGCCGAUAGUCACGUGGUCGACCAGUUCCUCGACUGCCGCUACAACGAUCGAUUGGCCGUGUUUGAAGUGUGCGUGCGCUGGCGCGGUCUACAAGAAAUUGAAGCCUCGUGGGAGCCGGCGGCCAAUUUGUUGGAAAACAUUCCAACUGAGUUCAAGCACUACGUGCGCUCCAACAAGAUCCCCCAAGAUGUGAAUGCGUACUACAGCCCCCACCAAAACCUAAUCGUGUUCCCGGUCGCCGUUUUGCAAAGGCCGAUCUUUGACGCCCAGUUUGACGCUGCCCAGAUCUUUGGUGUCAUCGGGGUGGGCAUUGGACACAAAAUCACCCACGGGUUCGACAACCACGGCCGCAAUGUGGAUGGCGACGGAAACUUGAACCCAUGGUGGUCGAAUGCCACCAGAACUGCGUUCGAGACGAAGACCCAGUGCUUUAUCGACCAGUACGACAAGUUUGAAGAGCGAACCGACAACGGGGGGCUCAAGACCAGUUUCCGCGCGUACCACGAGUACUUAAAAAAAUUCCCAUCGCAGUACACGGAAGAAGCUGGCGACAAGUUGUUCUACUUGUCGUUCGCCCAAACGUCGUGCUCCAAGAACACGGACGGCAACCUAUAA